AUGGCUGAGCCUGGGGAGGUGUGUGCCUCUUCACUGCCCCUGCUGCCUCCCCCCUCUCUGAAGAGGUCUUCAGAGGCCUCCUUAGCAUCCUCCCCCGUCAUCCCAGUAACUUUGGAUUGGCCUGGUCGGAGCAGGAGCAGCGGCCGAACAGUGGACCGGCUGGAGGAAGUGGAGCUGCAGAUUGGAGAUGCAGGAUUUUCACUAACCAAACUUCUUGAAGCCACAUCUGCAGUAUCAGCUCAAGUGGAGGAGCUUGCCUUCAAAUGUACAGAAAAUGCACGUUUCCUUCAGACGUGGAGGGACCUCCUGAAAGAAGGCUAUGAUUCUUUGAGACCUGACAACUGA